UCAUUAGGAAAAGGUGGCGGCUGGUGAUGCCCUAAAUCAGCGGCACACUGUCACCACAUAUCAGAAACUGCUGUCAGGAGAUCACAAAAGGUAAACUCAGAUUCAUGUCAGGCUAUAAAUCAAGUCCUUGGGGAUCAUUGAUGAGGAGCACAACGUUUGUUCGGGUGCUUUCUUCAGGCUCGUGAGUGAGAGGACUAGGCGAGCUCCACCGUUGUGAACAAGGUUUUCAUGCAGACAUGAAAAUCUAUUGUAACAAGGUGAUACAGGUCAAGAUUGAGGUCUAGGUAGACAAAGAUAGAGAAUUUGGAAAAGGAUGACUGGUCUCUGAACUAUAGCAAGGAAAUUUAAUACCUGCAGCAUCCGGGUGUCAUAAAGUCGUCAAACAUUUUCUAUAGACGUAUACCUGUCUCAUCUAAUUAGCUGCAGAGCUCGGAAAACGUCACAGUUCAUCGUGCACAGUUCGAUGCUGUUACAUACCCACAGCAAAUUUUGUGCAUUGCAUGCGGAAUCAGAGUGUUCAGCAUGAGCAGAGGGCAAGGAAGAAAACUUUCGGACCAGAUCCUGUCCGUCUAGUCGAGUUCCAGUAAAGUCUCUGAGACAGUCUGAUAGAGAACUCGGUUUCUCUUCGGCUGCAAAUCAUCCAGUAGACUGAGCGUGUGAAGUACCAGAUUUUGUGUCAACUUCAUACAGGAGGCAAUGGCGGGAGGAUUUGUGAAUCCGGUUGGAGCAGGGAAGAAUUAUGAAGGGCGCACAACUCUUUACGUCAUCCUGGCCAGUGUUAUGGCCGCUUUUGGCGGUCUCAUGUUUGGCUACGAUAUUGGAAUAUCAGGUGGUGUGACAUCCAUGGACAUGUUCCUGGAGGAGUUUUUCCCCGUAGUUUUCCGCAACAAGGAAAACAAGAAGAGCAAUUAUUGUGAAUAUGACAACCAGGGUCUUCAAGCUUUCACAUCCUCCCUGUACCUGGCGGGCAUGGUUGCUUCCCUCGCAGCAUCCUACACCACCCGCAACUGGGGAAGGCAGCCGUCUAUUCUCACUGGUGGCAUCAUUUUCCUCGGCGGAGCCAUUCUCAAUGCAGCUGCAGUCAACCUGAUCAUGCUCAUCAUCGGGAGAAUCAUGCUCGGUGUCGGUAUCGGAUUUGCAUGCCAGGCUGUGCCUUUGUAUUUAUCAGAAAUUGCUCCGUCGCAUUUGAGAGGGGCGUUGAAUAUUAUGUUCCAGUUGGUAAUCACGUUCGGGAUUCUGUGCGCAAAUUUGAUCAACUAUGGAACAGGGAAGCUGGAGCCAUGGGGAUGGCGCCUGUCUCUAGGCCUGGCUGCCGUGCCCGGCGUAAUCGUCACAGUUGGAGCUCUCUUUUUGCCAGAGACUCCCAACAGUCUGAUCGAGAGGGGAAAGAUGGAGAAAGGCAGAGCAACUCUGAUCAAGAUUCGUGGAACUCCAAACGUGGACGAAGAGUUCAAUGACAUGGUCGAAGCCAGUAAAAUAGCCAACUCCGUCAAGCAUCCGUGGAGGAAUUUAAUGCAGAGGCGCUACAGACCACAACUCAUCAUCGGAACGAUGAUCCCGUUCCUGAACCAGAUGACGGGCAUCAACGCCAUCAUGUUCUACGCUCCUGUCCUCUUCAAAACCAUUGGCUUUGCCAGCGAUGCAUCCUUGUACUCUGCGGUGAUCGUCGGAGGAGUGAAUCUCCUCUCCACCCUUGUCGCCAUCGCUGUCGUAGACAAAUGGGGGCGGAAGAUCCUCGUCUACCAAGCCGGAGUUCAGAUGUUCAUCUCUCUGGUACUAGUAGGGAUAAUUUUGAGAUAUAAUCUGGGACAGCACAACGAUCUGUCCAAAGGACUGGGAAUCUUCGUGGUGGUGCUGAUCUGUGUGUUCGUCUCGGCUUUUGCUUGGUCAUGGGGACCGAUUCUGUGGUUGAUUCCCAGCGAAAUUUUCCCCAUGGAGGUUCGGUCAGCUGGGCAGAGUUUGGCCAUCGCCACCAAUCUCGUCUUCACCUUCGCCAUAGGACAGUCUCUACUGACCAUGUUGUGCGUGUUCGAGUACGGGCUCUUCUUCUUUUUCGCGGGCUGGGUUUUCCUCAUGACCGUGUUCGUGGGUCUGCUCAUGCCCGAGACCAAGGGAGUGCCCAUCGAAGAUAUUGCGCCCCUGUUCCGGAAUCACUGGAUCUGGAAACGACUCAUCCCUCCAAAACCCGAUGGCUACUACGAGAAAUUUGACCAAGAACAUGCAGUUGAGCUCAAGAAGGUCCGUGCCGAAGAUCCCAAGCAGGGAAGCGUCUGAUUCUUCUGCAGGUGCCUGUGUAAUUAUUUGUGUAGGCUGGAAGGCUCCAAGCGAGAAAUUUCUUCAAAGUUUUGCAUAUCAACCUCGCUUCUUAAAGCAACCGCCCAUAGUUGUACAUAGAUGAGAUUACUGAGAUUAGUGACUUCACUUGAUCGUUGUGAUAAAUUAUGAUGAUGAUUAUGAGUCUCGCAUUCAUGAAUAUGUCAAAACCAAUUGGCAAGUUUUUGUUUGCGAGAUUGGCAGUAAAGUUUCGAGUCCCGAG